GAAGCAAAAUGCAAUGUACCAUCUGGAGAAAAGGUGGAAGAAGCUGAACAACCAAGUGAUAUAGAAGAAGGAGGAUUAGAUCUCAGUGUGUCACUCAAACCUGUCAGUUUCUACAUCACCGACAAAAAAGAAAUGCUUCAACAGUGUUUCUGUGUCAUAGGGGAGAAGAAACUACAGAAGAUGCUGCCUGAUAUUUUAAAGAACUGUUCUGUGGAUGAAAUCAAAAGGCUUUGCUUGGAGCAGUUGGAGCUGUUAUCCGAAAAAAAACUGUUGAAGAUACUUGAAGGCAAGAAUGGAGCUGAUUCUGAUACUGAGGAGGAGGCAGAUGAAGGAGACAAGACUGGAGGUGAAUCAGUCAGUCAACAGGAUAACAGUAUAGACUCUACUUCUUCUCUCAAAGAAGACAGCAAGCUGGAAGGUCAGGAGUCUAAACAAG